GUAAUGUCACGUGACGGUGACGUCACCGGGCCCAUUUUCAACUUGGAGCAGGAAGAGCCAGGCUACCAGCGGGCCCCAGCACAGUACACGGACAGCGCUCGCUUUCCCAUCUCCCCAGCAUGCCGCUCUUCGGCGUCAAUCCCUUUGAUCAGGAUGUGGAAAAGGCCACAAAUGAAUACAACACCAGCGAAGACUGGGGGCUUAUUAUGGACAUCUGUGACAAAAUCAUUCAUACUCCAAAUGGUUCAAAAGAUGGCCUCAGGUCCAUUAUGAAGAGAGUCAAUCACAAGGUUCCACACGUGGCUUUGCAGGCUCUGACUCUGUUGGGUGCCUGUGUGUCAAACUGUGGGAAGGCUUUUCACUUAGAGAUCUGCUCCAGAGAAUUUGCUAGUGAAGUGCGUGCUGUUAUUACUAAGGCGCACCCCAAGGUAUGUGACAAACUGAAGGCUUUGAUGGUUGAAUGGGAACAAGAGUUACAGAAGGAUCCUCAAUUUAGUCUUAUAUCUGCCACCAUCAAAUCACUGAAAGAGGAAGGAAUAUCAUUCCCAUCAUCAACACCACAGAGUACUUCAAAUACCCCAAAGAACUCCGCAAUACCCACUAAAAGCAAAGAAGAGAAUGAUAUUGCAAAAGCCAUUGAGCUUUCAUUACAAGAGCAGAAACAGCAGUCUACUGAGACCAAAACCUUAUACCCAUCUGUGGAUGCCCAGCAUGACAGUCAGAAGAUGGCAAGGAAAGUUCGGGCACUGUAUGACUUUGAAGCGGUGGAAGAUAAUGAGCUCACAUUUAAAGGUGGAGAAAUCAUUAUUGUCCUGGAUGACAGUGAUGCCAAUUGGUGGAAAGGGGAAAAUCACAGGGGUGUUGGACUUUUCCCAUCUAAUUUUGUCUCUUCAUCUUUAAAUGCAGAACCAGAGGAAGUGAUAGAAAAGAAUCCCCUCCUUGAAGAAAUUCCAGAGAGUGCUCCAAAAGCCGAACCUGAGCCUGUAUUUAUUGAUGAGAGCAAAAUGGAUCAAGCAUUACAGCUGCUUCAGAGCAUUGAUCCAACAGAUCCCAAGCCUGACUCUUCUGCUCUUCUGGACUUAGAAGACGUCUGCCAGCAGAUGGGCCCUAUGAUCGAUGAGAGGUUAGAAGAGAUUGACAGGAAACAUUCUGAGCUCUCAGAGCUGAAUGUGAAAGUAAUGGAGGCCUUAGAGUUAUACAAUAAGUUAAUGAACGAAGCUCCUAUGUAUUCUGUGUAUAGCAAGCCCCCGGCACAGACCCAUUACGCUGCUGGGGCAUCCAUGCAAGGUUAUCACAGCCAGCCACAGGGUGGUAGCUACAUGGUGCAGAAUAUGCCCCAAGUACAGCCAGCAACACUGUCCCAAGGGUAUGGUAUGACCCAGGAUCAGAUCGGGCCCCUGAGGUCUUUGCCUUCAACUAUAAACUCUACAGUAACAACACAGGCUGCUCAGCCACCCUAUGCCAGCUCUGGUCAUGAAGCAGUUUCAGCCUCUCCGUAUAUAAAUCAGAGUUCUGGCCUCCAAUCAGCAGCAGGGGUUCCUGCUUAUGGCCAGCCAAUGGGAAUGCCAUCUGAUGCCUCAGCCUAUCAGAACUCUACAUCUGCCUUGCCACCAGGCUCUGGCUACUCAGUGCCAGCCUCUCUCCAUUCAAUCCCUCCGCAACCCCAGAACUACUACCAGCAGCCUCUGCUCUGAAACAGAAUCCCUGCGAGUGAAUCCAAAAGUCAGACAUGUUAAUUCUUGUAACUUAUAUCACCAGGUUUCAUGGUAAACACAGACACAUAGGAAAUAUGCAUUGUUAGUGCAGCGGACCAGGAACCAGCUUGAGAUUCCAACAAUACAAUGGUGCUAAAUUCCCUGUGGAAUAAAUGCGCUGCUUUCUCUCUUUCCCUAGAUUCUAAGCAGCCUGCGCACAAUUAGCCUGACGAUACACUGCCGUGUUCCUAAGAGGCUGCAGGUGCGUAGGGUAUAUGCUAAUUAAAAGCGCAGCCUUUCUUCACGUCAUAAAAAGGUUUAUAAAUAGAAAUGUUCUAUAGCAGACACCAAUGGUAAGAAUUAAACUAUUUUGUUGCAUUUGAUAUUUUAUUUCUAAUAAAAAUGCAAUAAACAAAAAAUCGAAAAUAACAUUUUAAAAUAAAAUCAUAAUUCUUUCCUGAAACUCAUAGACGUGUAUGGAUAGAUCAUCUUCAAGGCUGUCAUAAUGCUGUGCGCUCUUAUUCCCAGAGGUUUGUUUAGCAUUGUUCACUAGGUAUCACAUAUUUAUGCCCCUCUGUAUGUAUAUGUAUGUAUGUAUGUAUGUAUGUAUGUAUGUGUGUUGCUCUUUUUCUAAUUUCUUUAUUAUUUUGAUACAUGGCACUUAUGAUAGUGGCUAAAUGAUGGUGACUGCAUUAAACUAGUCACCACAAUGACUUCUGCUGGUAUUUGUGAUGUUUAAAUGUCUUUUUUUUUCUUUUUUUUUUUUUUAAUUACCGCUGACCUUGUGGUGGUGAUGAUGAUGAUGAAGAAGAAAAAUCAAAUGCUACUGUGAUCUUACCUCCCAACAUCUCCAUUAUCCCUAAUGCCAACUUGUGCCCUGACUUGCACCUUGGGGUGCUUCUAAUGCUGGGACUGGUUGUCAUCAGGUGCUACACCGCAAUGCAGUAAAGUAUUACCGAUACUCCAGUAUAUAGAUAAAGACCUGACGUGUUGUUGGAAUCUCACCAUAUUACACAGUAUCCUCUGCUGCAUAUUCCCCUAUUUUCUAUAUUGAAAAAUAUUAUUCGCUUGUAUGUUCUUUAAACAUUCUGCUCCUCUUUUUGUAUAUGUGUUGUGGCCCUGGGAUUGGCCUAUAUAAAAGCCUUUCUUCUUCUUAUUAUUGUUAGUUUAGUUUCCUUAUUGGCAAACUUACAUAGAUGCUAAAAGGCAGAAACAACCAUACAGUGCUCAACGUUGUGCCAGUCUGUUUGGCUUUCUUAAUGUUAGAUACAAUUUUUAAUAUAAAAUGGAUAAAUAUACUGAUUAUGGAGAUAAUUAAUAGCACCUUAUUCAGAGUCCAAUAUACAGACCCCUUAAUCACACCCUUAAUGUAGGAGGGUUUGUUGCAUUAAGCAGAGCUUCUUUUUCUCAUUCCACUGGGCGUUCCAUUACUCUGAUACAGAAGUAUGGGGCUAACUGAUAACAUUAUUCACUACAUAGCUGGGUAUCAUCCACUUACACAGAUGUUUCGUGCAGCACUCUGAUUGGUCAGUCAGAUUAUUGUGCACAUACCCUCUGAUUUCCCAUGGGAGCAGAGCGAGUGUCCUGUAAGGGGCUGCCUUGUGUAGCCUAUAGAUGCUUCUGUCAAGACACCUCUUGGGAUGCUGGGAGUUUGGUUCCAUAACAUGCCGCUAAUCAUUUUUUAAAAAUGUAACAUAUUAUCCAUAUUGAAAUGUGGCUGGUUGCAUUGACUUGUGAUUGGAGGAAAUUUAAGUCUGCGCGGAAAAUGCUGGAGCGUCGUGUCUUCUAACAGAACAGUUUCGAAAGCGUUAAUCAAUUUACCAACAGCUGUAAUCCUUUCUGGUAUAAAAAAGUAUAAAUAGUGUAUAUAGACAAUUGUCUAUGUGAGAUUUUAUAUAUACUGCUACAUAAACCAUUUCUCUUUGGAGGGGGGGGUCAUGACAUUUGUAUAAAUGGCAGCAGUCCGUUAAGCCUAUUAUUUUUUUGGAAAUGCUUAAUUGUAAUCUAAUCUUUCUGUGUAGAUAGUGUAAGGAUCCUAUUCUUUUUCCAUUUGUGCAUUUAGCAGAUUACAUAAUGUUAAUGGGCGAGGGGUGUUUUUUUUUUCCCUCUCUGAAAAGUACUAAAUUGUAAUAUUUAUUUUACAAAUGUUUCCAAUUAAAGAUUUUGCUGCCAAAAA